AUGACUCCUAUAGCAAUAGGAGAAUGGAUGGCAUCAGCCUGCAUCGCCAUGAUGGUUAGCAAAGUGUGCUCUUACCUAGAAGAUCAGUUUGAAUACCAAAUGGAUGAUGCGAAGGAUAAACUAGCCAAGCUCAAGAAGAUCCCAUUCGUGCUGAAAACAGCUUCAAGCCUGCCAGCAAAAGAUCCAAGUAUGAAAAGUUGGCUAGCAAGUAUAAAAGGUGCCGCUUACCAGGCUGAAGAUGUUCUUGAUUUAUUUGACUAUCGUUUUUUAGAAGCAAAAGCUGAAGACAUGAUGGCCAAUUCAUCUGAUUAUGUUACUGUUAGUCCUUCCUCUUCCACUAUCUCUGCAACAACCAACACCACUGCCUCUACCAGCACAAGCAGCAGUUCAACAGUAAAACGGUCAGUUCGUAUUCUGAAACGUCUCUUUUUUUCUGAUGAAGACCUUAAUAAGUUAAUUGCAAUUGUGGACAAGUUUGAUAAGAUUGCUAGUGAGAUGCAAACAUUCCUAGAGCUCGCUGAUCCAAGGGAUAGAAAACCAGGAAAGGCACUUCAGUGGCGGAGAACAACCUCUAUUCUAGGUGCCACAAAUUUUUUUGGUAGAGGUGGUGAAGAAACAAAGUUAAAGAAACUACUAGAACAAACAAAUGAUGAAUACAGACAACCAUAUUCUGUCAUAGCAAUAGUUGGAGUUGCUGGUGUUGGUAAAACUGCGCUACUGCAGAGAGUAUACAACCAUUUUCGUGAUAUAGGACAUUUUGAUAUCAUGGCAUGGCUCUAUGUCUCAGAAAAAUUUGGUGUCAAACGCCUCACAAAAGAGAUGGUACACAGGGUUUCAUGGGAUGGCUCCAUAUCAGCAGACUUGAACAGCAUCAGCAACUUAGAUCUAGUUCAAAGAAAACUUCAAAAAAAGCUGAACGGGAGCAAGAUUUUGGUAGUGCUUGAUGAUGUUUGGAACGAAAUGAGCAGCAAAUGGGAAACAUUGUUGAAGCCCCUCCAGUUUGCCAGUAUGGGCAGCAAAGUGGUGCUUACGACUCGAAGUCAAAAGGUUGCAAAGAUAAAUGGAGCAACAGAGAUUAUACAUUUAGAUGGCUUGAAACGCAAAGAUUACUUGGAUCAUUUUCAGCAAUGCGCAUUUGGCAAUGCAAGACCAUCAGAUUUUCCAAGAUUGGUGGAAAUUGGUGAACAAUUGGCAAUGAAAUUGGCUGGUUCACCAUUAGCAGCCAAGACGGUAGGAGGUGAACUGAAACUGAAGCUAGACGAAGACCACUGGAAGGCUGUUCUCCAGCUCAAAUUGUGGCAGAUUGAACAGACAGAAGAUGAUAUUAUGCCAGCAUUAAGAUUGAGCUACGAGCAUCUUCCAGAUCACUUGAAGCAGUGCUUUGUUUACUUUGCGUUGUUUCCGAAGAACUACCAACUUCGGGGUGACGUGCUCAUACAGAUGUGGCGAGCCCAUGGUUACAUUCAAAAGGAAACAUCAGAUGAAAAUGCAUAUCGCUAUAUUGAUGAUCUCUUGCAGCUUUCAUUCAUUAAAAAAGCAGCCAAUCUAGAGAACCAUUAUGUAGUCCAUGACUUGCUACAUGAUCUGGCAGAAUCACUCUCCAAUGGAGAACAUUUUCGAAUUGAAGAUGAUUUCCAUGUUACUAUUCCAAGAAAUGUCCGACACCUAUAUGUCAAUGCAAGCAAUAUUUCUAAGGUGUACAUGAGUUUGGUUGAAUCACAGGAGAGUUUGGUAGAAUCCCAGGAUUUGAAGAAAAAUCUAAGGAGCCUAAUAAUAUGCAAACACCAUGCUCCUUCUGGAGAAAGAAUCCCUCCAGAUAACUUCAACAAUGUUCUUAAAGAAACACUACAUGAGCUAAGGAGUUUGCGUGUGCUGGUACUACAACAUCCAGAUGGUAUUCUGCCAGAUAAUAUUGAACCUCUGGUCCACCUUAGGUAUCUCGACAUAUGUGACAGCAGGAUAUUCACCAGUAUCCCCAAAUCAUUAUUCAAACUAUACCAUUUACAGGGGUUUAUUCUGCAGUCACAUUGUCAGCGUAGUAUCGGGAAAGAACUGCAGAAGCACAUUAGUAGGCUUACGGCUGAGCCAGUUAAGAUACUUAGACUAGAUUUCAAGCAGUCACAGAAAGAAUUAUAG